CUUCCUUUCCCAAAAAUACCAUCCCCACAAUUCAUUAUUUUAACACAAUCACAAGUCCACAUCUCUCUACCUUGCUCUUUGGUCAACGAUCAUAAACCUUUCUUUACCUUCUUCUUUCUCCAAACUCUCUCCCCAAAAACUUCAUCUCAAGCACACAUUUUUUCUAACACAAUGACCAUUGAAGAACCGGAACCAAACCCCAUGUCAGAUCACAUCUUAGAUUGGCUAGAAGGCUCAGCCUCAUUCCUUCCUUCCUUGUUGGAUGAUCUAUACAACUCCGGUGACAUCAACGGCGAUUCAUGGUGGGCUCAAGGUCAAGAACUAGAUCAGGAACUAGUUAACAAGAGUUCUGCCCCUUUCAGCAGUACUUCCAAUAGUACCAUUACCACAAGCACAACUCCACCUGAUCCCAUCAUUUCCUAUCACCCACCACCAUCGGAUUCCUCGAAGAAACGAAAAGCCUCAGACAACCCAACUCCCAAGGCAUCCCAGAGUAGCCGGAGGAAUCAGAACCGUCGGAUCCCCGAGGCUGAUGAUGGGGAUGCAGUGGUGGAUCAAGGGGUGGUGGCGGUUAGGAAAUCAGGUGGAACCAGAAAGGCAACAGCCAAGUCAGCAGGACAUAACUGUAAUAACAAAGAAGGCAGGUGGGCUGAGCAGCUGCUCAACCCUUGUGCUGCUGCCAUCACCGCCGGAGAUCUGACACGUGUCCAACACCUCGUGUACGUUCUCCGUGAGCUCGCCUCCUCCACUGGUGACGCCAACCACCGGUUGGCCGAUCACGGCCUUCGAGCACUUACCUAUUACCUAUCCUCCUCUGCCUCCUCUGCUUCAGUUGGACCCAUCACUUUUGCUUCCACCAAACCACAAUUCUUCCAAAAUUCUCUACUCAGGUUCUAUGAUGUUAGUCCCUGGUUCAUCUUCCACAACAACAUUGCAAAUGCUUCCAUCCUCCAAAUCCUCUCCGAGCAAGAUCGCUCGCGAAAUCUUCACAUCAUUGACAUUGGAGUCUCUCACGGUAAGCAGUGGCCAACACUCCUCGAGGCCUUGACUCGCCGAUCUGGUGGGCCUCCUCCGCUUGUUCGCCUCACAGUUGUCUCCUCCACCAUUGACAAUGAUCAAACCACAGACACUCCAUUCGCAGUUGGUCCACAGGGCGAUAACUAUGUCUCUCGACUCCUCUGUUUCGCCAAGACCAUGAACAUCAAUUUGCAGAUCAAUCGAGUUGACAACCACCCACUGCAGAAUCUAAAUGCCCAAAUCAUCAACUCAUCUCCAGACGAAACUUUAAUCGUCUGCACACAGUUCAGACUCCACCAUCUGAAUCACAGCAAUCCGGACAACAGAACUGAGUUCAUGAAAGUGCUGAGGGGUUUAAAGCCCAAAGGUGUUGUUCUGAGUGAAAACAACAUGGACUGCAGCUGCAAUAGCUGCGGGGACUUUGUGACAGGGUUUUCGCGGCGAGUGGAGUAUCUGUGGAGGUUCUUGGACUCAACAAGUGUGGCAUUUAAAGGGCGGGAGAGCGAAGAGAGAAGGGUUAUGGAAGGAGAGGCCGCGAAGGCCUUGACGAACACAGGUGAGAUGAAUGAAGGGAAAGAGAAGUGGUGUGAGAGGAUGAGAGGAGUUGGGUUUGUUGGAGAGGUGUUUGUAGAGGACACCAUUGACGGAGCUCGAGCCCUGUUGAGGAAGUAUGAUAGUAACUGGGAGAUGAGAGUGGAAGAGAGAGAUGGUUGUGUUGGUUUGUGGUGGAAAGGACAGCCUGUUUCAUUUUGUUCCUUGUGGAAGUUGGACAUGAAAGCAGAUGACAGUUGAUAAAUUGUUGUUAAUGAAAGCAGAUGACAGUCGAUAAAUUGUUGUUCUGUUUUCCUUUUUAUCUGUAUAUUUCAAGAAGUACUAAUCUAUAAAUAUAAA